AUGAAACGCGGUGGGAACGUAGUUGACCCCCGGCCUGCCCCACUCACCAAACUUAUUUUUAUCCACUUCACUGUGGAUUUUCCAAAAAUUCUUUCUCUCUUAAUUAAGACCUUUAAUUAUAAUGAAACAAAAUGAGUGCCUCAUUGACAUAAUUUUUUUCUGGACAUUAUGAAAAUUGAUUACUUUAAGCUACAUUAUCUAAGGGGAAUCCCAAGCAACACGCAAUAUAAGGAAAUACCGUGGAAUGAGCAAUGCCCGGAAAUUCCAUGCCUGAGCACGCAAUACCACCGUACAGGCUGCGUUGAUCACACCCACGACAGCACAGAGUGCUGAAACGGGCGUCUAAGAUCGUUUGCUCAUUAAUUGUGAAGUUCUCUAGACAAGACGGUCACUUGUUCAACGCUGCCAGAGAGGGGAACCUAUCCUACGUCACUCCAGUCAGUGGCCGGGUAGUUAAGGAAAUACGGUCUGACAGUGGUGAGCAUUACGGGAGCAAGUUAAAAGAACGGAUGUAGAAAAGAUGGCUGCGAAAGAAGCAGGGAAUGAUUUGGAAAAAGGUCCGUUGGAAGAAAGACCUCUGUAUCAUUUCGCUUGGAAUCUGAAAAUUGGGGUUGAGAUCGAUUGCGAUAAGAUAAUACGCAAGAUAGACGAAGACUUGGACAAGACACCACGCUUAUUGGGGAUCGAAGCCCUUCUGUUCAGAGCGUACUUGGAAGUAUGUGACAACCGAAAACGCUGGAACGUUCGUAAAGCCAGAGAGUUCCUGGACAAAGCAGACGUGAGGAUAGAACAGACAGAUGAGCGUCUGCGUAAAGGCUACAAAGUUGUGUCACUGCUGAAUCGCAUGUGGAUCGAGAACAAAUGCCUUAAAACCCAAAAGGUCAAAGAGCUACGCGCCAAACUGGAUGGUAAAAGACUGGAGAAAGAGGAUCAUUUGGUGAUUAGAGCAGUGAAAGCAGCUGCUUUGACGCGUCUCGGGCCCAAUGUCUAUGCAAUGGCUCUCGAUAUGUUCGAGAAAGCGCUGGAGAAGUUCCCCGAAAAUGUCAACUUCCUCUACGGGGCUGCGUUAAUGGCGGGUAGAAUGGCUCGAUAUAGGAGAAUCACCACUCCCGAGUACGAAAGGCUAGACCCUGGGGGCCAGAAACUUUUAGACAAAGAAAAGGAUUAUUUGCUAAAGAUGAUGGAGAUAAAUGAUGAAUAUCAGCUGGCAAGGUCAGCUCUUGGGUCCAAUUUAAUUGGACGCCGGGGAAAACAAACAGAAGGACUUGGUCAUUUAAAGAUGGCGUACGAAGAAGCCCCUCAGGUGCAAGAGGUAGUACUAAAUUUAGUCAGAUAUUACAGACGUGAAAGUAGAAUGGUUGAUCAGGCCACAGACAUUUUGAAAAACAGAAUUGAGGAAAAUCCAGACUGCAAUGAGAGUCAUUACCAGUUGGCACUGUGCUACCUUAAACACGCUAAGGAAUGCAGCGCAGAACAGGAGAGAGACGAAUGGAAUGGAAAAGCUCUCGCUGAGCUAGAGCAGUGCCUCGAACUAAACAAAGGACACACAUUCGCGAUGAUACACGAGUGCCAAGUAACCAAUUUCUUGAAGGAGAUCACUGAAGCUGAAGAGCUUUACGAAAACUGCAUGCAGCAGUCUGAACACUGGACAUCCGAGAACAAGUUUCAUCUCUACUUUGAGUUUGCCUGGUUCCUUGAUAAAAACCAAACAGCUACAGGACACAAUUCAAGAAUGGAUUUAUGGCAGAAAGUGAUGGAUCUUACAGCUUCGUUUGAAUUUCUUGACGAGACAUCUUGUAAAUGGGAAGUAGAAAAGAAAGAAGAGGGGAGAAAGGAAACAGCUUAUAAAAAACUGUUGGAUCAUUACAAAAGCAACAGUCUCGAGCUCGGAAUUCUUCAUUUCCAGAACUUUAAGUUUGAAGAAGCUGAAAAGGUUUUGGAGAACCUGCCAGAACUCGAGAGAGAAGCCAACUUCGACAUCCCACGCUACCUUGCACUGACAUACCUGAAAAUGGGCUACGAAAGAGAGCUACUAGCUUUGUCACAAGGUGGAAAGCCUGAAGAAGCGAAAGGUAUUUUUAAAAAGGCUCACGAAAAUGCAAUCCGUGCAAUGGAAAUUGGUCUGAGCCAAACGGAUGGUCGAAAGCUAAGGGCUGACACGGCUCUAGCAAUCGCUCACAACCAGCUCCUCUUGUCGACCCCUACAACCAUACAGCUAGACUCUCUAUGUAUCCGGUCAUACAGGGAGGCUGUCAGAUGCGGAAGUCUCGUUGCUAGCCUGGAGUUACUCAGAUUGAUACAAAACAACAGCGUUCAAGUAACUUCAAGGUGGACUUUCCUCCAGAUGCUUGCAGAAAUCGUCGUGUGUUGCUCGCUUAGAAGCAGUGAUUGUCUACAUAAAGACCAGAAACCCCUCACCUUCGAACACGGUCUUAGCAGCCGCGAUACAGACAAAGAUGUAUCAGCGCUGAACUGUAAAACCAUCAAGCGUGACGGCAGGGCAAUCCUAGAUGGGAGCCCGUUCUUCAGGCCGGCUUGGGAGCAACACUUCUGCAUGGAGAAAAAAAUACUCACAGAGAGGUUUGAAAAUAAUGAAGGGGAACUUGAGUUGGAUGGCAGGGAAGAGUUGGAGGAGAUAACCUCGUCGAAUGAAAUCAUCCGCGCCGCUGCCGAUUGUUGUCUGAAACUACGCCCUCUGUUGGACGGUAUUGUUGACAAGUUCAGGAGGGAGGAAGUCGGUCGCGACGAGGAAACGAAGAAACAAUAUUUUCCUUUGAUACUAGACGAGCAGAACGCAAGGAAAAUGCAAAGCGAAUUGAAAAAAAGACUCACCUUAAUCUUUGGCAUUGACGUGGACAGAAACUAUCCUAAGCUUUGGAAUCAGUUACUUAAGACCCAACCUUGCUGCAACUCCGGAAAUGAGUUCCUCAAAACAUUCUACACCUUGGUUAACAAGAUAAAGCACAGUGAUGUUGCUUCAUCAGAGAGUAAUUUACUCAUUAUAACCAAGGACCCAGUCACCUUGGCUCGUCAGUGCACGGAUAAAGUCGAAGAGAUCUGCAACUUCUUCUUCGAUGCCAUGAGAGAAGCCACUCAUCUAAGGAACAGGGUGGAGCAGCUUGUGAGUGACAUCAAAGAUGGCAGACAUGAGAAAGCUGACGAACUGCUGAAAAUACUGUCCAGCAAAGAAGACUUCGUCGUGCGGAUGGGAAGCACUUGGAACUUGCUGGAGAUGACUGCGCUGAUUCGUCAAAGUAAAAGGCUGUCUCGAUCACCUGAUGUGGAAGCUGAAGAAGCUCUACGCAAACUGACGGAGGGCCCACAGGGGAUAUGUCACAACCUCCGAAGGCAUCAUCAAGAGGUUGAAGACGCAGUGUUGGAAAACCACGAGGAUGAUCGGCUAUCAGCUAAGUGCAGAGAAACAUGCAAAGAAGCUGUCAAAGCGCUGGAUGCGGAGUUGGCUAAACACAAAACUUUGAGUGGUGAUGGAUCAGACCCACAGUCAACAGAAGUUACAUUUCCACUUCUGGACAUGUGCCCAGAUGAAGAAACCCCUGGGCACUGGACGGGGAAAGUUACGAAACAGCUGCGUGGAGACCUCAAGCAGAUGGGAAUUCUUGUUAAAACCAACAAGAAGCUAGUGGAAAUAAUCCUGCAGGCACAGCCAUGCGUCAGUGAGAAGAACUACCGUUUCAUCGCUGUGAAGACGUUUAUCAGCGAAGGAAGUAACGACGGUAUGGUAAAGAUUAAGACAGACAGUGGUGACGAUAAAUCCUUCAAGAUGUUGGACCUCACCCGCUGGUGUACAAAUAAAACCGAGAAAGUUCUCUUGGGUAUGCAGUCCUGCCUACUUCUGCCCCCUUCUUAACUUGGAGACGUCCUCGUGGACGCUCAGAGCAUAGAAAUGCCAUGCGUGGGCCUAUUAAGACUUCUUCUCUCCAAAUACGUAUAGAACAUAGGAUUCCGAAAGUGUCUUUCAGUGCAACACUGGUGUUCCACAACACAGGGCGCCUAAACAGUUCACCGCAGAAAGGCCAUUUUUUGCAGCGCAUUGUGGGAAAUCGUGCAUAUUAUUCUGUUCGCCGGCUGGGUGUAGGAAUCUUUCCCUACGCUUUUGCUUCGCACUGAAUGCAAACACAACCACAAUUUGUCAACACACAACAGCCAAAACGUACAUGACAUAAUUCCAAUGAUGGGAUUCAGGGCAAUCCAACGGUAGUGAGUCUGCCUCGGGAUACACUGCCGGGAAAAAUGAAGCAGCGUUCUGUUUUUAGUUUGUUUUUUAAUUAUCAUUAUUUUCAAUAUACAUCUCGUCAAUAAUUUCGGAAUAUAAUAUGUAUUUGGGUACAUAGUUUUACGACACUUAAAUAAGUACAUAUUAAUUUGAGAUUCGGUAUUCAGUUGAAAGUUACAUUUGCAUAAGGAUCUGGAAGGGGGUCCCUAAAAGCAAGCUUGUCGAGGAGGGAUCCCUUUGAUAAUAAUUAGCACAUAAAGUGUGAAAACACGAGAACAAAAAAGUAAAAUUACACGUAAAACACAUCACACGCAUGACAUGGGGUACAGGUAUUCCAAUGCAAAGCAAUAAGAUAGGAAAAUAAAAAUAUACGAAGUUCACAUAGCUACCCAUUAAGAAGUUAACUUGAACUCAAAGAAAUAAAAAACAGAUAAGUUUCAGUUUUGAUUUAAAUAAUGGAAGACUACGAAUGUCAAUGAGUGAGUAAUGUAAAGCAUUCCACGACAUAGGACCUUCAUGGCGAAUCACCUUUUGAAAAGUAGUUGUUCUUGCAAACAGAGAGUGAAAUUCUCCACAAUUUCGGGUAAAAUUAGGAUGAAUGUUGUCAUUGCUACAAAAUAUCUGUUUAAACUUCAAGUGAUACAAAUUGUUGGCAAAUAGAAAGGUUACUCUCAAACCACAAUAUACAAGCUUUGAUAAAAGAAUGAUCUAUAGUGUCAAAAGCCUAGGAAAGGCCUGACAAGAUACCAAGCUUACUUUGUGAUGAGUCAAGCUUAGCUGUGAUUUUGUCAAUUCAUUUGAAUAUGGCAUGAGACGUUGAGGGAUUUUCUCGAAAUCCGAAUCGAGCAUUAGUUGUAAUGUUAUAAUCGCUUCACUUAGUACAUGUAGUGCGAUUAAAAAAAAUAUUCGCUCAAGAGGUUUGGAGAAAGUGGUUAAUACUGUAAUUGGUUCGUAGUUGUUAACCAGUUUCGAAUCACCACACUUAUCAAUAGAAAUAACUUUCAGUUGGCAAUCUUCAUUUUGGGGAAAUAUUUCUUUUGUAAAAGCUAAAUUCAUAAGAAAAGUUAAUGGCUUAAAGAUUGAGGAAAUGAUUUCCUCUAUCAAAGAACUGGUUAUUCUAUCAUAGCCUGCUCAUUUUUCUUUUGUAAUGCAUUCACAAUAUCACUGAUCUCUUGCUAAGUAACUGAGUCGAGGAAAAUAGAAUUUUGAUUAGGAUAAGACAAGUAGUCAUAAAACUUGUUGGUAUUUGACGGAAUUCUUUACACUAAGAUUUUGACCAAUUGUAAAGUGGUUAUUAAAAUGAGCAGCUAUGCGCUGUGGAUCGUCAGUAGUUUCGCCAUUGAUGUCAAUGCUAUUAAAAAUGCUAUCUAAAAUACGA